AUGAUCCAGCUCGACGGCCACCAUCCUCUACUCCUAAGGCUUCUCGUCGUCCACCCUGAAUUCAAUUCUCCAAACUCUUCAAGCCACCCUGAUUUUAGUUUUGUGUCCAUACCAGAUGGUUUGUCUAAAACUAAUGUCUCAACUGAAGAUGCUCUGGCCACCAUAUCGACUCUUAGAAAGAACUUUGAAGCUCCAUUUCAGCGAUACAUGGAGCAGAUCAUAUUGAAAGCAGAUCAGGAUGAUCCCCACGAUCGGGUUGCUUGUGUUGUUUAUGAUGGGUUCAUGCACUUCGCUCAAGCUUUGGCUAACCAUCUGAAACUUCCCGUGAUUACACUGAUUAGUGUGCGUACGAAUGCGACUGCCUCGUUGCUUGCCUUCGCUCUCUUUCCUUAUCUUCAUGAACAAGAUCAUGACUCUUUUCAAGCUAGGUACGUCUGGAUCAACUAUUGUUGA